GGGGCUCGCAAUGGCAAAAAUGAGAUGAGACCUAGGUAGUAGUCUACCUUAGGUUGACUGGAACCCUCGACUUGCAAUGAAACUAAAGAGUACAGCUACUCACUGGGUCUACCUGCUAUUACUGGCUGCGGACUAUUAGUCGGUGGAAUCUCAAGAUUGCUGUACUAAGGGACCAUAACUGGGCUGACCAACCAACUUUCCUACUCCGGCGCAUUCCCACGGGGUAGAUUGAUCUACUCUGCUACCUCUCGACGACUUUGCUUCAACACUUGGGCGGGAAUAUGUGAUAGCACAACAACGAACCUCGUUCUAAACGCUACCUGGUAAUAAUCUUUCUCUAACAGUUCUGCUCAGGCUACCACUCCAAUAUGCCUCAGAAUAAAAAAAGGCCCUUGACGUAUGGUAAAUCCCCUCGAAAUAAACUAGAACCUCUCCUGGAACUGGAUGGUUCUACCGGAUCAUUCAUAUCGCGUACUUCUUCUACAGAUGCAGGGGGGCUUAGAACAUCUUAUGCCCCUGUUUCUUCUCCUCGAUCGUCCCAGUCUCUGCGUCUAACAAAAGACACAGGCCCUUCUUCACCCUCUCCAAAGGACGAUGAACACAAUGCUAGGCAAAGAAAGCGAAGGAGGUUUCUCACGGGACAUAUUUCUGAAGAAGCACAUCAAGACAGAGAGCAGGGGGGCAAUAGUGUCUACGGCCGUAUAACUAUGGCUUUGCCUGCGAACGAAAAUCAGGGGAAAUCCGACACACGAGAUCAAAGAACAUUCAUAAAGCAAAAUUCCCACCGUGCCACAAACCAGAAUACUCUUGAUAUUCCUGACUUUUGCGGAGGACCUGACAAAGCAACUAAGCAAAAGCCGCUUAACGCAGUGACGCCGACGUACUCGCGAUCUUUUCGUCGUCAGGAGCCUUCAAUACAGCUUGAAAUGUCCUCAGUACUCAGUCCCAACCGCGAACAUAAAAAGCAUGGCGCUACUGUACCCCAGAGGCGAAUAGAGAACGCUUCUCCACGGAAGAGAUUAGUGGAUUCGCUCGGUACGAUGGAUGAACAAUUGGAUAGCCCUCUUUUACAGAGAGGUAAUGGAUUUGAACAAGACCGUUCUCUACACCGUAGGCUCGGCCAUGAAAUCGAUAGCAAUUUCCGAAGCGCUUUAGAGAGUUCACCUGAAUCCGAGGUCCGUACGGCUGAGCAACUCGAAGGGCAACCGGCAGCUUCUAUCCCCCCAAAAUUGCAAUCUUCCAAGGUCACUUACUCCCGACAGCGAUCUUUCCUCAACGAUGCGUCCAGUAUUCCGGAAAUGGAAUCCCAUGGUAUUCAAACCUCGUCAAUAUGUGAAACAAGCACCGGAGCACGUCAUUCACUUACUUCUCAUUUAUCACGCGAGGAAGAUGAGAAUAGUAACAGCAAGGCGGUCCGUAGCAUUCAUGAGCUUCGACAGGCCGGAGACAACGCUCGUUUUCGAGAAACAAUCGAUUCUAUCUUUGAAGAUAUUGAAGACACAUACAAUUCCGCAUCCGGGAGAUGCUGUGGCUUUGCCCAGCUGUGCCUCCGGCUUUCAGAACCUCAAUUUGUACGCCGCUUUUCUGAGGAAGGAUUCGAAGAACGCCUUGCGAAAUGCACCCAAGAUGGCUUAGAUAUAAUCUCGACUUCUCUUGCUCUCGGGGCUUAUAAAUUAAUUCUCGCAAAUGGCCCGUCUUCCCACAUUCUGGCCGGGUCCUUAUGGCCGCAAAUUCUUCAUCUUUCGCUCAGCGUGCUCGAUACAGAAGAUGGGAUACUUUCUCUGGCAAAAGAGCCACGACUGGGUAUGUCCAAGACUGCCCAGGCUUCAGUCAGAAGUCUUCAACCGCAUUUUCUCUCCGUGGUUGAUGUGUCACCGCCAAAUAUCUCUCCGUGUAUCUUAGCUCUUGAAUGUAUCAUGGCAUCCUUGCUGGAUUUUCGCAAGAACGGUUCCCCCAUUCAGACAUUCCCGGCCUCAUUGUUGGGGCGCCUAGUUGAUUUGGUGGUGUUGAAGACCCCAAAGGAAUCAGACUUCCCUCUCUCCCCGCAUCGUUUCCACAUGCUUGAAUUGAUCUUUUCUGUCCUUGAAAAUUACUCGAUUAUAUCAGGGCCGUUGGAUUAUGAGCAUCGUCUCCAUUUCCAACGGCUUUCUGGUCUGCACACUGUUUUUACACCGAAUCCAUAUGACCAAAGCCGACAAAUCAUAAUCUCCUAUAUUCGCGUUAUUUUAAAUGUCACCAACAAAGAACCUUCUUUCUGUGAUGACUUUGCUACUCCUGAGCUUGUCUCUGGGCUUGCUGGAAUUGUUGUGACGGAGUUUCGCCAGAUUUCAAGCCAUUCUUCUGCCAAAGAAAGCAAUACACUGAACACUGUUAUCCUAGCUCUGGGAACUCUCAUUAAUUUGGCGGAGAAUACUGAGUUGUCAAGAGCUAUCUUUCUGCAGUCUGAUGGUGUCUCCGACUCGUUUCUCAAGCAACUUCUCAUGCAGUUCUCUGAUAGCGUUCGCUCUAUGGACCAGGCGAAUUCUGUAUCCGAAGUACAUCAGAAUGUUGUCGCUGGAUAUUUAUCGAUUCUUUUACUUACGAUUUGCCUCGAUGUUGAAGCACGUCGUUGCGUCAAGGCGGCUCUUGAUGGGAAUGGGCUCACCAGCAUUUUGUCGACUGCCGAGAAAUUUUUACAAUACCACCAAAAGGUCGAACGGGAUUCCCACGCCUUCGAAUCUCGUGAUGAAGGAGAGUCUAGGCUUACUGCACGAUUGGGACAUAUAAUAGAUCAGAUACGCCAGUCUGAGGAACCCUCCUGAUGAGGUUCUCAGGCGAUUUUUCAACAGGCCGUCACCUACAACCGCAAAUAAGUUUAACACCAAGAUCGGGAGUCCGGACGAUAUUCUUUUGAGAUACCCCAUAACUCCACCCACCAAACUCCCAUAGCAUAUGUGAAAGAUCCGCACUCAAUCGUCUUUGUAUGAAAUAUUGUAGUUGGCGCAACCUAAAAAAAAAUCGAUGAUUAUACAUUAUCGAAAGCUGAAACAUUCUUGUGCCCUGUUGUGUAAAAAUCAGCCUUCCACUCUUUUCUCAUUAAUACUUGGUUAAUUUCUUUGUCGAAUGCUCCUAGAAAGAGCAGGAUCGGUAUAUAUUUGUGGUAGGCAUCCUAGCCAGAAUGCAA